AAAUAUCUCGUGACGGUACUGUUCAUGGAUUCUUAGGUUAUUUUGACACGUGGUUUACACGAGACGGCCAUUGUAUCCCAUUGUCACAGAAUGUGAAUGAUAAGAUUGAUGGUGUUACCAGUUUUACAACAGGGCCGCAAGGUGGGGUUACACAUUGGAGGCAGACGAUAUUUCUCCUUGAGCAUGGAAUUCAUGUUAAGAAGGGUACAUAUUGUAAAAUAUUUAGUAAAAUCUAA